CUGUCCCUUCAGUGUCAAGGGAUUCCCGGCUUCCCUGUGGGGUGGGGAGGUCUGGGACGGUUACGGUGACUCCGGGGCAUCUGGUACACUAUCUGUGCUUGGCGCCAUGGGUGUAAUAGGUAUACAGCUGGUCGUUACCAUGGUGAUGGCCAGUAUCAUGCAGAAGAUUAUACCUCACUAUUCUUUUGCUCGAUGGCUACUCUGUAAUGGCAGUUUAAGAUGGUAUCAACAUCCCACAGAAGAAGAAUUAAGAAUUCUUGCAGGGAAGCAGCAAAAAGGGAAAAGCAAAAAAGAUAGGAAAUAUAAUGGUCACAUUGAAAGUAAGCCACUAACCAUUCCAAAGGACAUUGACCUCCAUCUAGAAACAAAGUCAGUUACAGAAGUGGAUACUUUUGCAUUGCAUUACUUUCCAGAAUACCAGUGGCUGGUGGAUUUCACAGUGGCUGCUACAGUUGUGUAUCUAGUCACUGAAGUCUACUACAAUUUUAUGAAGCCCACACAGGAAAUGAAUAUCAGCUUAGUCUGGUGCCUGCUUGUUUUGUCUUUUGCAAUCAAAGUUCUAUUUUCAUUAACUACACACUAUUUUAAAGUAAAAGAUGGUGGUGAAAAAUCAGUUUGUGUUACCUUUGGAUUUUUUUUCUUCGUGAAAGCAAUGGCAGUCUUGAUUGUAACAGAAAACUAUCUGGAAUUUGGACUUGAAACAGGGUUUACAAAUUUUUCAGACAGUGCGAUGCAGUUUCUUGAAAAGCAAGGCUUAGAAUCUCAGGGUCCUGUUUCAAAACUUACUUUCAAAUUUUUCCUCGCUAUUUUCUGUUCACUCAUUGGGGCUUUUUUGACAUUUCCUGGAUUACGCCUGGCUCAAAUGCAUCUGGAUGCCCUGAAUUUGACAACAGAAAAAAUUACACAAACAUUACUUCAUAUCAACUUCUUGGCACCUUUAUUUAUGGUUCUGCUCUGGGUAAAACCAAUCACCAAAGACUACAUUAUGAACCCACCAUUGGGUAAAGAAAGUAUCCCUUUAAUGACAGAAGCUACAUUCGAUACUCUGCGACUCUGGUUAAUAAUUCUGCUGUGUGCUUUGCGGUUGGCCAUGAUGCGUAGUCACCUGCAAGCUUACUUAAACUUAGCCCAGAAAUGUGUGGAUCAGAUGAAGAAAGAAGCAGGGCGAAUAAGUACAGUUGAGCUACAGAAAAUGGUAAUCAUUCCUGGGGCAUUUAUCCAGAAUCUGUCUCUACCUUGCCAGUGGAUAAUAGUCUACCCUCCAGCUCUGUUCAUUCUGAAUUACCAUCCACUGAUGGGAAGAUGAAGGUAACUGUUACACAAAUAACAGUGGCACUGAGCAGCUUAAAAAACAUUUUCACCCCUCUGCUCUUUCGAGGACUUCUGUCUUUCCUUACCUGGUGGAUUGCUGCUUGUCUCUUUUCUACAAGCCUUUUUGGGCUUUUUUAUCACCAGUAUCUCACCGUGGCAUGAAUCUCAGUUAACAAAAAAGAAUAUCCAAGUCACACUUUGGAUUCAAAUAUUUGUGCCCUUGAAGGGCUGACAAAAACCAGAAGAAAGCAAAUACAAAGGAAAAAAGAAACAUAUCAGAAUAACUUGUUUGAAAUGCUUCCUCUGUGUUCUCAGGGUGAAUUAAUGGGAUAAUAUGUAAAAUUACAGAAUAGAUUGUUAAGUGUUAUACUGUGGCAUUGGAAAUUUUAACUCCUUGUAUUAACUGAUGUAAGAGGGCUAUCUAGAAGGGUAAUAUAUCUGAUUACCUUGGUUUACAGAAACCUCUGAAACAGUUUUUGAAGCUUUUCAUAUGACUCCAGUUAUUAAUUGCUCUUAAUGGUAUUAAGGUACUGUUAAUACUCAUGUGGCUGCCUGUAGAACACUCUUUAAACUGAGCCAUGUUCCAUAGGAGGUAAAGGAGCUAAAAGUUGCUUCUGUUGGUAAUACAUUACUCAAUCUUCCAACAACAGUAACAGAAAACCCAACAGAAGGAAAGAAAAUAGCUACUGUAUAUUACAGUAAAGAAAGCUGCAUAGUAAUUUUAAAUUUUAAUGGAGAUGUACAUGCUUAAUAUCUACAAGUACUACUGCUUGAGAGUAGCGAGAAUAUUGUUUAACAGUGGACUCUGUACAACUUGAGGGAUCUCAUAAAAUGACUGGCUAUAUGAACAUUUGUUAUCUUGCUGUUAGGUAUGGGCCUCCCAUAUUUUAUUUUAUUUUAUGAUCCUAAAUAAUUCUUUUUAAUAAUUAAAAAUAUUUAUCAAUAUUGAUCAGACUUUUUAAAAAUUACUUUGUAAUCCUGCUGAUGACCUGUAUGUAUUGUAUAUAUUAUAUAUUAAAUAUAUAAUAUAUUGAGAUUAUAAAAGAUGAAAAUAUUGGAUCCUUGUAAUGUUUUAAGUUGCUGAAUGUAUGUUAAAACAUUAUUGAAUGGGAUGUAUUUGUAUCUAGAAACUUUUCUUUUUGGAAUGAAAUUAAAAUACAUUUUGAAAGUUUA